UAGUUUCAUCUUUGAUAACACGAUACAUUCRUUGUAUAAAAUAAAAAGAAAGAAAAAGUUUAUUAAAGCUAAAAGAAUCAGAACAAACUUGAGCGAGGGCUUUUCAACGCUCUGGCUUYGMGCGCGAGCGRGCGAUGACGGAAUUUUGACUUUUUYGCUCCAAGAUCCCAUAGAUUCUUAUAUUUAAUUAGGUUUUUGAAGAUUAAAUGCCGUUUUAAAAGUUUUUCUCUUUAYAUAAACUUGGAUUAUCUCCAAAAGAAGAAGAAAAAAGAGGAUGGCUGYAAAGAUAUUCAAGCUUUUGAUUUUUUUSUUGCCURCAUCAAGCUYACUGUCAAUGGCAGAUCGUAGUUUAGAAGACAUGUUUGCGUUGUGUUCUCAUCCUCUCGGAAUGCARACAUACAGCAUUGGCAACUCACAGAUAACAGCUUCGUCUCAAACAUCGUCUGAACCAGAGAAAUACGGUACACAAUCAGCCCGUCUAAAUAAUAAGUUUGCUUGGCGAGCGCAAGCAGGUGCCACSAAAGGUGAAUACCUUCAGGUAGACUUUGGUGAGGUCAAGACAGUCACUGCUAUUGUAUCACAAGGRGACAAUGACAGUUCAUCUUGGGUCUCUUCGUUUACUGUCAAGUACAGCUUAAAUAAUGACACUUGGGAAGACUUUCAGUCUUUCACAGCGGAUGUAGACGAGGCAGACAAAGUCUUCACCAAUAUUUUUAAUCGUCCUCUUGAAACGAGAUACAUAAGAAUUGUACCUGAUACCUGGCACAAUGUGAUGGCAAUGAGAAUUGAGCUUUAUGGCUGUGGUCCAACAUGUGACAACCAGCCCGUUGGCCUCGAGAAUGGUCGCAUUUCUGACUCACAAAUACAUGCCUCGUCAACAUUGGGAAAUUCAACCGCAGCAAACAAUGCAAGACUUGGGUUUACAAAGAACGACUCAUGGUGUGCCGAUAUGGAUGAUAACAGUCCWUAUCUGCAGAUUGAUUUGGAUGCGCUUUACAUUUUGUGUUCAAUAGCCACACAGGGAAAUAGCAAAGCUGACCAAAUGGUGACUUCGUACACGUUGCAGACAUCACUGGAUGGGAGUUCCUGGAGUGAUUACAAAGAACUAGGGCAGAAAAAGGUCUUUCAGGGUAACUAUCAAAGCAGUGUUAUUUCCAAGCAUUAUUUUGAAGCAAGUCCUGUCUGUCGCUACAUUCGAGUGCUGCCAACAAACUAUAUCGGUGCCCCAUGCAUGCGUGUGGAGUUCUAUGGGGUACAGCGAACAACAUGCAACAAUGCGGGCGUUGGARUCGCUCUCCCACACAUCAAAGUUCCAAAUUAUCGUAUGACAGCUUCAAGGGAAUGGCCGGUCAAAUACACRGCAUUUGCUGCUAGACUGAACGAUGAACGUUGCUGGGAACCACUUGACAACAACGACGAUAAUGACUUCGUGCAGAUUGAUCUUGGAGAUCCAUAUAUUUUAUGCGGUAUCGCCAUGCAGGAGACUGGACAGUCGUUUAGAAUCGAUGAGAGAACCACGUCAUUUGAUGUAAGAUUUUCAAUGGACGGUAAAACAUGGACAAACUACUCAAAGACUCUUCCAGGGAAUUUACAGAAAGCUUACCCUCUGAUCGAUAUUGUCAAGAAUGCCUUUGAUGAUAUACAAGUGGCGAAGUUUGUUCGAAUCUAUCCCGUUACCUAUGAAAACUACAAAUGUGUCAAAACGGAGUUGUUUGGUGUUAGACAAGCCUGGAAAGGAGCUUUUGGUCUAGAAACACUCAAACAUCGCCGCAAGAUCCCGGAUGUACUGUUCACAGCUUCUAGUGCUCUUGACAAUGACCACACUCUUCCAGGGAAUUUACAGAAAGCUUACCCUCUGAUCGAUAUUGUCAAGAAUGCCUUUGAUGAUAUACAAGUGGCGAAGUUUGUUCGAAUCUAUCCCGUUACCUAUGAAAACUACAAAUGUGUCAAAACGGAGUUGUUUGGUGUUAGACAAGCCUGGAAAGGAGCUUUUGGUCUAGAAACACUCAAACAUCGCCGCAAGAUCCCGGAUGUACUGUUUACAGCUUCAAGUGCUCUUGACGAUGACCACGUAGCCUCUAAAGCACGUCUCUAUGGUGACGAUGCCUGGUGCCCUAGCCAAGCUAAUGACUCAUUCAUUCAAAUUGUAUUCCUGAAGUCAAUUGAGGUGUUUGGUAUUGCAAUACAGGGAGACACAUCUUCGUCCAAAUGGGUUACGAAAUAUGACUUUCAAUAUGGAAACUUCAUUGAUGAAAUGACUACGAUUCCUAACAUUGACACACAGUUAGUAGACAAUAAAGAGGUUACAGUUCAUUGGCUAUCCAGUCCUGUACCAGCUCGUGUUGUACGCAUUUUACCAACAGCUUGGAACAACUAUCCUUGUAUGAGAAUAGAGCUCUUUAUCAGCAAGAGAGCUCCACCUGCAAGAAUCACAAGUCUGUAUGCCGUUGGUAACAUGGUUUCUCAAAACGGCUCCUAUGUUUCGAUGAACUGCACUGCUUCGGGAGACGAUUUCAUGCGUAUAAAAUGGUUCCUUGGCGGCAGUGAUGUCACUGGAAAAUCGUCUGGUAGCAUCUACAGCAACCACCAAAAGACCAGCCAAUUACAAGUCAACUUUACCAGUUAUUCCGACAUGGUAGCAAGCUAUAGCUGUAGCAACAUUGAUAAUUUUAAGAUAAAUUGCACCACGACUGUGUCAUGUCAAGCUGGACGCGAAGGUGGUAAUGGAGACCGCAGGGAACAUAUGCUCCAAGUUAUUGUAGAUCGAGAAAUUCAGGUCAUAAGCUCAGAAAUAUCAGGCAGGCUAAGACCAGAAUCUGGCAGUUUUGUKAUAGCWAAAUGYGUUGCUACUGGAGACGAAGCUGUCCACAUMAAAUGGUACUUUGGAAAUAAAGAUAUCACUAAUAGUUCUCAAGGAAGUUCCUACAACGAAGACAAAGUAACCAGUUACCUUCAGGUCAAUUUUACCAGCUUUAUUGAUGUGAAUUCAAACUACAACUGUGAGGAGAUUGAAGGUUUUCGAUUAAAAUGCAACAAAACGCUGUCCUGCCAAGGAAUACGUGGGAAUAUAACUGGGGAAAAGAGCAAUCAGAUUGUUGAAGUUUUUAUGUAUCGGCAGCACGAGAUUACAAGUUUUGGAGUCAUCUCAAAAUACACAACAAAAAGCGGAACGUUUAUYACUGUUCAAUGUAUUGCCUCUGGAGACAGCAGUGCCGAAAUGAAAUGGCUUCUUGGWAAUCGUGACGUGACUGACCUCUCUCGCGGGAUUAGCUUCUUACACGAUGAAAUAUCGAGCCAAUUGCAAGUUAAUUUUACCGAUGUUCCCGAUGGUCCUGGCUGCAGAUAUACGUGUAGAAAUAUCACAGUACUUCGAUCAAGCUGCACUGCCCUUGUAUCGUGUCGAGCGUUUAGUCCAAUGUCAAAACAAGCAAUGAAGAAUCAUACAAUUGAAGCCUUGAUGGCGCGAGUUGUWCUAGCAGCAGCGUCAAAGAURUAUAGUUAUGUGUCACUAGUAGCGCUUUGCUGCUUCCUUGGAGUAUUAAUUGAGAAACUCAAUUCAAAAUUCUGCAAUCAUCCCCUUGGGAUGCAAAGCUAUGGGAUUGAUAACUCUCAAAUAUCAGCGUCGUCGGAAACAUCGGUCGAAAAGGAGAAAUUCGGUUCACACUCUGCUCGUCUGAAUGAUAAGUUUGCCUGGCGAGCCAAAGAAAAUGCUUCUAAAGGAGAAUAUCUUCAAAUUGAUCUAGGUGAAUUGAAGAGAGUGACAGCUAUUGCAACACAAGGUGAUACGAAUGCUUCUGCUUGGGUUACAUCUUUCAAAGUCGACUAUAGUUCUGACAGUGAAACCUGGAGAAAUCUAGAUCAGAUUUUCAGAGGAAACAACGGAGCAAGGAAUGAGAUCUUGCAGCUUUUUCACCAGMCAGUUAUUACUAGAUACUUAAAAGUUCUUCCCCAGACAUGGAUUGGUAGAAUUGGAAUGAGAAUCGAGUUGUAUGGAUGUUAUCCAACUUGUGACAGUCAACCUGUUGGACUUCAAGAUGGUCGUAUUACCAAUUCRCAAAUGACAGCAUCAUCUACCUAUUUGACAAAGGCAUACAAUGGAAGGCUUGGAUUUACACAAGGUGACUCUUGGUGCGCUGCUAUGGAAGACACUAAACCGUUCCUAGAAAUUGACUUUGGUGCCCCCUACGUGUUGUGUGCUGUGGCUACGCAGGGAAAUAGCAAAGCUGACCARAUGGUGACUUCGUACACGUUGCAAAUAUCAAAUGAUGGUAGUACCUGGACUGACGUUAAAGAUGAUGGCCAAAUUAUUAUAUUUGAAGGGAAUUACGAUAGAAGUAAAAUUUCAAAAUCCUACUUUUACCGCAGCCAUCAAUGUCGCUACAUAAGAGUUUUACCCCAAACGUUUUUAAACGCACCUUGCAUGCGUAUUGARUUCUAUGGCGUCGAGCGAAAAACGUGUGAUAACUCUGCAACAGGUUUAGCUAAACCUCAUUUUACAGUCCCGGAUUAUAGAUUCACCUCCACGUCAUCGCCAAAUAUGGCUUUAUACGCGCCUUGGGACGCAAGAUUGCUUGAUACUCAUUGCUGGGAACCAGCAACGACUACGGGCGAUGACUACUUACAGGUCGAUCUUGGUSAUCCUCGMCUUCUYUGUGCUGUCAGUYUACARCCACAUGGUGAAUUAGCCGAAAGGACAGAGACCUAUAAGAUGUCGUUUUCUAUGGACGGCAAAACKUGGAAAUUUUACCCUGAAGGCCAGGUUCUUCCAGGAAAUACGGGUCCCCACUGGGACUACCCUACAAUACACUACGACAAGAAUACAUUUGCUGAUGUACAARUUGCAAAGUUUGUGAGAAUUUACCCUGUGGCAUUCAACACAUGGAAAUGCUUCCGAGCAGAACUUUAUGGUCUUAAGCAAGCCUGGAAAACGUCUUCUGGUUUGGAAAUUCUUGACAGCUUGCACAAGGUCACCGACGUCCAGAUAAUGGCUGCGAGCUCCCUGGACGAUGACCACGUCCCUGGAAAGGCCCGUUUGUAUGGUGAAAAGUCCUGGUGUCCUGUCAGUGCAAGUGGUUCAUUCCUUCAGUUCGAUUUGCUGAAAGCAAAACAAGUAUUUGGAAUAGCAGUACAGGGUGAUGAAACUGAUUCACAUUGGGUGACAGAAUUUGAUCUUGAAUAUGGAUAUACAACUAGUGACCUUAAAUCAAUCAAAAGCAUACCAACUAAUUUAACGAACGGGAAGGAAGUUAAAGUCUACUGGUCUGCUACUCCGAUUAUUGCACGUUUUAUAAAGAUUUUACCGACCAAAUGGGAUGGAAACCCUUGUAUGAGGAUUGACUUGUACGAGAGUAAAAGAGCCAAAUCAGUAAAGAUYACAGACUUCAAAGUAUACGGMARCAUGAUCGCCCAAAGUGGCUCAUUYAUCACUGUGAAUUGUUCGGUAUCUGAGAUAUAUGAUGUAGACUUAAAAUGGUUUCUUGGCRAGAACGAURUCACAGAAAASUCCAAAGGCCUUUCAAUMUAUCUGGGAAAGACAAGCAGUGAAUUGCAGGUCAACUUUACGAGUAUUUCAGAUAUAAAAUCCACCUACACGUGCAAAAACUUUGGAGAUUUUCAAAUUAAGUGCACCAUGCCAGUGACUUGUCGAGCAGAACGAGAAUUUGCCAAUGGAGAUAGACGAGAUCAUYUASUUGAAUUUGUUUUAGAUCGAGAACUCCAGAUCCAAAGUUUGCAAGUCGUUGAAAAUGUCACUUCAACAAGUAGUUYUCUUGUAACAAUCGAAUGCGCUGCUAUAGGCGACAAUGCUGUAACUAUAAAAUGGCUUCUGGAUGGACACUCUCUUUCUGACAAAACUAUUAGCAGCACCUAUGCCAACGACAUAACAUCAAGCCAGCUUCAACUUAACUUUACCAGUAUUUCUCAGGAUAAAUUCUCUCUGCAAAAAUGUSAAAAUAUCGAAGGAUUUCAACUGAAAUGUGCAGCAACGGUGACGUGCCUGGCUACACGUGCGAAAGCAAAUGACGUUCAAAAAGAUUACUUGAUAGAAGCUACUUUGGUUAGACAACUAGAAAUUAUACAGCUAGAGUCAAUAGUCAACGACACGUCUGGAAACACCACCUCUGUCACCAUCCAGUGUGCUAUUUCAGGAGAUAACGCAACAAGUAUCCAAUGGCAACUUGGAGGUCGUGACGUGACAAGUAUGUCACGCAAUAACACRUAUGUCAAUGGAAACAUUUSUAGCCAAUUGCAGGUCACUUUUGCCAGUAUCUCGGACGCCAUGUCAAACUGUGACUUCASUUGUGAAGAAGCUAAGAGCUCUCAACUUAGAUGUAUUGCUAAAGUUUCCUGCCAAGGGCUUCGACAUGGUUUCAAAGGAGUCAAUCGAGAACGUUCUGUUGAAGUUUUUCUCUCAGCAMAGAAAGCMCCAUCGACGAAAGGAUUGCACUCCAUAAUGCUACCUAUAAUCCUUACCUGUUCGAUAAUUGGUUUUAUUAUUUUACUGGUUAUUGGCKUUUUGCUUGGCUUGUGCUGUUGAAACYGGCUGCAGAAGUAACAUCCUUUAGAUAGAUAUAUAAUUUAGUGCAAUUUGGCACUAAUGACACAAUGUGCUUGUAGAAACACAACUGUAGUUCGUAAAAUAGUCAUUUUUAGUGCUUAUUAGUGCUAUAUAACUAUUUACAAGACAAGUUACAAUAUUUAGAAGCCUGAUACAUGUUUGUGUCCAAGAAAAGCUCAUUCCUUACUGUGUUAAGGCAGAAGCGAAACUCCCGGUCCCUACUGAUAUGAUGCGMWCUUAGCGSCUUGUUUASCUUUAAUUUUAAGGUUAACAAAAAAGCGAUUAGACAGACAGAAUCGUUCAUUAGCCCUCAAUGACCAUGGAUUGUGCUUGCCAAGCAAUGAUUGGUUGUAURUCGUUAUGUAUUCAAUCGAAACUCGCGCGCAUCGGUCGUUGAUAGGUCUUUUUCAUUGAUUGAAAUGAGUUCGUCAAUAAGCAUGUCAUUUUUUAUGAAAGAUAUAGCAUCUUCAAGGAUGAUAUAAAACUUUGAUUCGCAUGGUAUAGAUAGUUUARACUUGGAGUUAUUGUAUGCAUUAUUGUACAUAAGACUGUUAAAUACUGCUUGUAAAUAUCAGUAUAAAGUUGAUU